CGCUUCGUACGCGCGGAGCUGGCGACGAGGGAGAGGAGCUGGACAGCAACGUGCAGACGUGCUCCUGCAUGAUCACGGACAGGCGAGCAACGGUUCCAACUCACGCCAUGUCUUCGGUCCGCUGAUGACGACGCAUCUGCUCGUAUCUGCCAAACACUCCUCGUGCAGCUGAUGCUGGACUGACUUUACGCGCUCUCCUCUUCAUUGCAUGCCCAUGACACUGCUUGUAUGCACCUGCUUGCUACCCGCGACCUACCAAGUGCACCGUCGUCCGCUUCAAUGACCCGCGACGCCUGCUACUCUCUGCACUCGAGCAUUGCACGGUAAUAGGCCAUCAUGAGCGUCGCUUCCCUCUGGCCGGCUGCCCGCAGCUUCACCCUGCCUCGAAUCGCCAUCAUCUCCAUCCUGCUGGUCGCCGUCAUCCUCUUCCGGGAUACAUGGUUGCCCACGGCCCGCGAAUACACGACCGCCUACAAGCAGCCGGCACCUCUUGCUCCACAAGAAGAUGGCAAGCCGCUCAUCGAGAUCGAUACGAGCCCGCCUCCCCCACUGCCGCCGGCGAGCAAUGCAGAUGUGGACUGCAAGUCUUUGCCCGGCGCCGAUAGAGUCAUGGUAAUACUCAAAACUGGAGCUACCGAGCUGUAUCAGAAGCUGCCAACCCACUUCGUCACCACUUUCAAGUGCGUGCCCAAUUUUAUGAUCUUCUCCGAUCUAAACCAGACCUUCGCCGAUGUACAAAUCCACGAUGCAAUUGCUCCAGUCAGCCAGAAGAUCCGGGAAGAGCAUGAGGACUUCAAGCUGUACAGGGCGAUCGAGAAAUGGCAGCGGGAGGGCCAGGAUAUGAGCAAAUUACAAGGCGGGAAUGGGUGGAAUCUGGACAAGUGGAAGUUUCUGCCCAUGUUUCAUCAAGUCUUUGAGACUGCCGAUGACAAGAUCGACUGGUUCGUCAUGAUUGAGGCGGACACGAGCUUGUCGUGGCUGAACUUGCUGCUCUGGCUGCAAAAGAUGGAUCCCAAGAAGCCAUACUAUCUGGGCGCGCAGAAUGUCAUUGGGGACACAACGUUUGCGCAUGGAGGAAGUGGUGUCGUCGUUUCUAGGAAAGCGGCCGACACGAUCGCAGCAGCACGCCAGAAUGCAGGAAAAGAGCGAUAUGACGAAUCGUGGGAACGGGAGACUGCGGUGGCUUGUUGUGGUGACGAGAUUCUGGCGAGAGCAUUCCUCGCGGUUGAGAUCCCGCUCACACCCGCAUGGCCGCUCAUUCAGGGCGAGACGAUAAGCACGAUCGACUUCACACAUCACCACUGGUGUACACCUGCCAUAACAUGGCAUCACGUCACCCCUAUCGAAGUCGACCAGUAUUGGCAGUUUCAGCUCGACUGGGCCGAAGAGCACGGUUGGCAGCAUGAGUACCUGCACGGCAACAUCUUCGACCAUUUCGUCGCACAGCACGUCUCCGUAAACCGAACUUCGUGGAACAAUCUGUCCAAAGACAAGAAGUUCGUAGCCGCACAUCUCGCAGAGAAAGAUGACACAGACUUCUACAAGCUCAAAGACUUUCAGCAGAGAGCAGUUGAGUCAGAAGAGUUGUGCGCUGAAGCGUGCAUCCGCGAGGGAGAUGGCGAAUGUAUCCAGUGGAUGUGGGCGCCUGGUCGAUGUCACCUGGGUCGCGACAUCCGCUUCGGAAAGAGUGACGAGCGAGAAGAGCAACACUGGAACUGCGGCUGGAUACAAGGCCGAAUCGAAAAGUUUAGGAAGAGCAUGAGUGGUUGCAGUAUCAAAUGGCAGGGCUGACAGAAUCACAUCGCUUUGGUGAGACUUAUAUCAUCUUCACAACAACAAGAAUAUCUUUGCGCAAGCGAGAGGCACAUUGCUUAGGCUUUCCAAGUGCUGGGAGCUAGAAUCAUGUAAAUAUAGAGGACGUGAUGGAAUUCAUGGAGCACAGCGUUUGGGGAAAAGGUUUUGGCGAUCAAAGGUGGCACGUCAGGGAUUAGUGCAUAGAGUGCGCUACAGCGUGUCAGAUGGACGAGGGUCGAAGCACCGCGGUGACGAAACGAGCGGAUCAUGAACGAGAGCGUCAGCGGGGAACACUUGGGAUUGAGUGUUGUCGGAAGAGGAGUCAGGCGAGCUCUUCAGGAAUUCCAGGCGAUAUCACGCACCAUCUACACGCAUAUACAUACGGUUGAUCUGAAGACAGCGUGCAGUCGUCUUAUCCAUUACAAGAGAUCAUGGCCAUGCCUUAGACUUGGCCGAUCAUCAAAUCGUACAAACCAUACUACUACAUCAUCACUACGCACACUCUUCUCUCCCCCAUCCCCGGAAUCGCAACGAGUCUUUUCAAUCCGAAGCGAUCUUUGCAGCCAUAAUGCGAU